UCUGUCCAUGUAGGUGUGUUGUGGUUAAGAAAUAGGUGGGAUAGAGUCAAACUUGAAGCUCCUUUAUAUUUCUUCAACCUGUUCUGUAUUGACCAUAAAGUGAAGCGAUUCGCGCUCCGUGGUUUAAUCCGGGCGGUGGUGCUUAAAACGUAUUUUCCGCCUUAUCAACGGCCCCCAAAAUGGCCUCAGUCAAGAUACUCUUGCUGGCGCCACUUUUCAUAGUUGGUCUCAAAGCUCAGUACAGCUCACAACCCUACGAUCGAAAUCGUACCGACAAUCAGUACGAUCCUUAUAACUCACAAUAUGACCGUCAAAACCCGCCAUACGAUCGACAAAAUCCGCCAUACGACCGCCAAAACCCGCCAUACGACCGCCAAAACCCUCCAUAUGACCGACGCAACCCACCAUAUGGACAACCUCCAUAUGACCGCAAUGAUCGCUACAAUUCGCCCCCAUAUGACCGGAACCAGCCAUACAACCAGUCGCAGUAUGGCCGCCAAAAUCAAAGCCAGUAUGGACCUUCAUACGACAAUCGCGAUCCAUACAAUCGUGAUCGUUUGGAUAACCGUGAUCAGUACUAUGUAGGAAAUCGUGAUCAGUAUAAUCGUGAUCGUGAUCAAUACGGAAGUAAUCGUGAUCGCGAUCAGUAUGGAGGAAAUCGUGAUCAGUAUGGAGGGAACCGUGAUCAAUAUGGAGGAAACCGUGAUCAAUAUGGAGGCAAUCGUGAUCAGUAUGGAGGAAAUCGCGAUCAGUAUGGAGGCAAUAGGGAUCAAUAUGGGGGCAAUCGGGAUCAGUAUGGAGGAAACAGGGAUCAGUAUGGAAAUCGAGACCAGUAUGGAGGAAAUCGGGAUCAGUAUGACCGCGAUCGUGAUCGAUAUGAUAGUGAUGGUGAUCGUGAUCGUUACGGUUCGCCCUUGUUUGAAACAAACUCUGAUUGUUGUGCGGAAUAUUGCUAUGCGAAAGAUCAAAAUCAAUAUGUUCAGUUUGCGACCAAGACGGCCUAUCAGAUUGCGUUUUCUAAGUCGACAAAUCAGCAGCACAGAGUACCAGACUGUACACCAAUUCAAUUUUGGAGCAUCAAUAGACACGGUACGAGAUAUCCUAGUGCUAGAACCAUCGAACGGUUGAGACAACUGUAUAAAAUUCAACGCGAAAUUGUGCGCAACUAUCAGGAAAGAAAUUCGUAUCCCAACAACGGACGACUCUGUCCUGAAGAUUUAGAUCUCAUCAAAGGCUGGCGCUGGAAUGAAACUGUCAACGAACGCAAUGCCAACGCCUUGACUUACCAGGGAGUAACAGAUAUGAAAUUUUUGGCGCGCCGUUACGCUUCAAAGUUUGACGAGUUGUUGCGAGAACCCUAUAACGAAAUGACCUACAGUUUUCAAUAUACUGACACUGAUCGGACUCACGAUAGCUACCAGGCUUACAUUGAAGGGCUUUUCAAGGAAAAAGCUUAUCAAGUUCAUGCUAAUGUUUUUAAUAAUGACAGACUGAUCAAGCCUACACGAUCAUGCAACGCCUGGCUGAGAGAAGUGGACCAAAAUCCGCAAACAUUCAAUGAAUACAUGAAAUUUAAACACAACCGAGAGUAUCAGCAAAUGGUCAGAGACGUGUUCCGAAGACUAGGUUUCAGAUACACACUGAAUGACACUGUUUUAUCCGAUAUGUACGACAUGUGCCGCUUUGAAAAAGCUUGGAAUUUGGAUGCUAUGUCUCCUUGGUGCAUAGUUUUUAACAAAGAACAACUAAAACUUCUAGAAUACGCCGAAGAUUUGAAAUACUAUUACAAAAGCGGUUACGGCAAUGAAGUUAACCGACAAAUUGGUUGUCCACCUGUGAAAGAUCUUUACGAAAAAUUCGAACGUACAGUCAAUAACGGGGGAACCCCCACUGGAAACAAGGUUACAGUUUUCUUCACUCAUUCUGUGACGAUUCAGACGUUUUUAACGGCGAUGGGUAUUGCAAAGGACCAUCAACCAUUAACUGCGGAAAAUUACUACCAGCAGCAACACCGCAAGUGGCGUACUUCGAAAAUUGAUCCGUUUGCGUCAAAUUUGGCUGCAGUUUUAUAUCAAUGCCGUAGCGGAGAACGUUAUCGCGUCAUGUUCUUCUUGAACGAGGAACCAGUGAAUUAUCCAGAAUGUUCAGUCGGUCUUUGCAACUGGAGUACCGUCCAAAAUAAAUUGCGAGGUGUUGUAGACAAUUGUAAUUUAGAUUUCUGCGAUCGUAACGCUGCAACUGCCGUCCAAUACAAUUACAUCAUUUAUUUCUCAAGUCUCAUCGCCAUGUUUCUAAGUGUUAAAAUCUAAAUGUUAAGUUAGGUUAGUACAAAGUUACUGUUACUUAUUUUGUAUAUUUUAUUGUUGAUGUCAUGCUGUACAAAAGGAUAGGACCCGCCAUUUGUUCGUAAUUGGUGCCAGUGUGAAGCAAAAAUGUGUCUAAGUAGUUUUAGAAAUAAAAAUACAGUUUUUUAACAGAA